AUGCGAGGUUCUUCUUCUUCAGUAACAGCUGAAAUAGACGCGAUCUCGGAUAUUAGCUUUCGGGAAAACUUGUAUGGAUACAAUUUACAAGGCGCAGAUAUGAGCCGGAUCGCAAAGCCGUUAACUUUUCCGCUAGAUGAUGAAUGGAUUUCAGAGUUCCGGGACUCUUGCACGGUAUUUUGGCGGGAUCCGUUUUGGGAAAACACCGAUUGCAUAACGUCAGAUGCCACCGUCACAGAA